UUCGAUCAAGUCAAUGGUUGGGCCUCAAAAGCUCUGCAUGUGACACCGAAGCUCUGACAUCGGAGCAUGUCUCCGCUGAUUCUUCCCCAGAGUGCUAGUUAGCUCAGGUGAGCAGCAUAUAAGGUCUUCUCCAGCUUUCUUUCACGAGCACAGCACUCUCACAUUCAACCGACAGUCGUUUCAUCACCAAGCACCGCACAUCGCCCGCUGCACAUCGUCAAUCGUUUCCUUCAAGGACAUCAAUUUAACCCCAAAUACACUACAAAGGUAUCAAGAUGAAGGCCUCAUUCGCUGCCGUUGCCAUUGCUCUGGCCUCCGUUGCCACCGCUCAGCUAGACAACAUCCCGUCCUGUGCUCUCAGCUGCUUCAUCACUGUCCUGACCACCGAUGGCUGCUCCGGUCUUACCGACUUCACCUGCCAUUGCAAGAAGACCGACCUGAUCCCCAAGGUCACCCCUUGCGUCCAGUCGUCAUGCUCUGCGAGCGACCAGGCUAAGGUCAUCACUGCCGUCGAAGGAACUUGUGCCCAGGCUGGUGUUCCCCUCUCCCUCAGCGCCCCUGGCGGUGGCUCCAGCACUCCGGCCGCCUCUAGCACUCCAGUGGCUGCCUCCAGCUCCGCUGCAGUCUACUCUAGCGCCGAGUCCACUCCGGCCAGCUCUGCUGUCCUGACCGUCGAGACCACCAUCCCCGCCUCUUCCGCCGUUGCUACUGCCACGAGCCUUGUCGGCACCGGUACCAUCAUUACCACCCCCGUUGCUAACGGCACCGUGUCGGCGACUGCCUCGCCUUCCCAGUUCACCGGUGCUGCGGCCCAGGUGACCCAAGCGGCGGGUAUGAUGGCUGCGGCUGCUUUCGCGCUCGCUGCUGCCUUGUAAAUGCACUUUGGGGACUCCUUCUGGUCCACUUUGGAAGUGUUGCUUGAGUUGAAAAGUUGAUGCAUGUAAUGUCAGGGAACGAGGGAUGAGUGGGCUCGAGUUCGGCUUGACAUGUUUUGGCCUACAUUUGGACUACUUCGUGCUGUGAUACACACAUGCACGUUGAGGAUUGGUUUGUGACACGUCGGAUCUACUCACCUUUCUCAUCGGACCGUCCAAUCGGAUGCUUUUCCCAGCUUCGGAGGAUGUUUGGGAGUGCUGCCUU